AUGUAUUAGAAUGAUGAAUAGGUGCUUGAUAGUUUUUCUCAAUUUGGAAUAAUUUUGGGAUCAAAUAUAACCUACGAAAGUGCAACAGAUUAACCAUGCUACAUAAUAAAUUAAAAGUUAAAGAAUAAGCAAUCAGAAGAAAUCGUUUUAGUACCCUAAUUUAAGGAGGACGUCUUUAGUAAUUUUUACAAUGAUGGAUAAUUGAAUGGAGAUAUAAAUUUUAUAGUAUAAAUUGUACAAAUUUCCACAGGGGCAAUAGUAUUGACUAAUCAAGGAGAGUUGAUUUAUUUAAAAUUAGUAGAGAAUCGGUUUAAAUUGGUUGAAUCGAAGAUGCUAUCUAUUAAUAAAGAAUAAUACCUCAAACCUGUAUAUAUGUAAUACAUCUAAAAAUCGAAUGAAUUGUUGAUAAUUUUGAAUGGCGAAACCUUGAAGCUAAAAAUGGAAUUUGAGAGUGAAUCUGUAUUUGGUGAGGUUCUGAAGAUCUACGAUGUCUUUUUAACAGAACAGAUAAAGAGCGUAGCAUUUAUCGAAGACCUCUUGUUUGUGGCAUCGGGAGAAUAGGGAUUGCAUGUUUAUUUGGUGAGCAAGAGAGUGUUUGAGUAGAUACAAUGUACGAUCGAAUUCAGAAACAUUACAGAUUUAAGGGUUUUUUAGGAGAAUUCAGUUUACUUUAUUUUUGCACUUGAUUACGAGACAGGCGUCAAGGUGAUCACCUUCAAUGCCAAGACCUCAUUGUUCUAUGAAAAUAAAAAACUAACCAAUAUUCCAUUUAGAGGAGAGAUAAUUGAUUUAUACUAAGACGUAUUGAUGGUGGUGGAGGAGUAGGAAAAUGAAUCGAUAAUUCACGAAUUGCAAAUUUCAUAUGCGAAUAGCACUUGGAAAUUGGUGCAUGAGCAUUAAGCAUAGAAAUACAUUCAGGAUAUUGAAAUGACAGAGAAUUACGCUAUAAUUAUAGGGAGAAAUGGACAUGAGAUAAUCUACCAUUCCCUGCCUUCCUAUGACAUCAAAAUUUAGGAUAAGAUCAUUAUCCCUGGAUUAUAGAAACUCUUCUUUCUUAAUUAGACGGAGUCCAACAACAUUCAGAUGUUUGGAGUUACUAGGCAUAAGUUCUUCACCACGAGAUUAUAAUUGUUUCCUCAAUUCAUUAGUUGUUUCUAUAGCAAUGAAGAAGAUGAGAUCAGGUUUACCUAUCAUCAGAACUCAACCAAAUGUCCUGGUUCAUCUCAAAGUAGACUUUGCCAUUUCAAAUAAAACUACACAAUACAAUUCGUUCAUCCUGUUCUUACUUCUGAAUAAUCAAUUUAUGUGUAUAUUACCUGUUUGGGUAUUAUAGCAAUCUUUGUAAUGGUCUUAGGCUUAUUGAUCAAAGAAUUCAAAAGGUACUAAUAUUUUGUAAGACUUCACAAUUCAAAAGAUGUAUACCAUCAAUAAAGCGGGAGUUAGGCACAACCUACUCACGACAUCUAUGCUUUAAACUCAUUUGAUAGUCCAUUGAAGGUGAACAAGCAUAUUUACGUACCUUCCAUUCCUGUAUAAAAUGACUAAAAGAUUGAAUGA